AUGUCACCUGCUCCCCCCAUAUAUUUUCUCUCACCGUCGACCUCCUCCUCCUCCCUCUUCAGCUCCGGCAGCAGGCUCCCGCGGCCAGAUAAGAUGUUACGGAAACCGCCGCGCGAAUCGGAGGAAGAGGUCGGCCACACGUCCUCGUCCGCCUCCUCGACCACUGCCAGCGGCGGCGGCGGCGGUAGCAGCAGCAGGAGCAGCAGCUCCGGCCGCCGCAGCAGUGGCGGCAGCAGCGUCUCCCCUCGGGCCUCUUCCACCUCCUCCUCCACUGCUCCUCUGGCCAAAGUGGGCGUCUCCCCUUCGCCGCUGACAGGGCCGGCGAGCUCCUGGUCGACGCCGCUCCGCGAGGGUCCCCGUCUUCUGUCACUCCCCUCCCGAAAGCCCCACCGCUGCUCCGACCCCGCCUGGGUCGCCAUCUGCGGCCUCGGUGGUGACGUGGGACCUCGGGAUUUCAAGCUCGUCCGACGACUGGGCCGAGGGGACAUCGGCACGGUCUACCUCUGCAGGCUCCGCGACGAGCACCACUGCCGCCGGAGGAGCGAAGGGCAGUCCCAGUACUACUACGCGAUGAAGGUGGUGGACAAGCGCGAGCUGGCGAGGAAGAAGAAGCUGGGGCGGGCCGAGGCGGAGCGGCGGGUCCUAGGGGCCCUCGACCACCCUUUCCUUCCCACCCUCUACGCCGACUUCGACGCUAACCCUCACUUCUCCUGCGCCGUCAUGGAGUUCUGCUGCGGUGGUGACCUCCACUCCCUCCGCCACCGCCAGCCCCACAAGCGCUUCCCCCUCGAUGCCGUCAGGUGCGCGCUCCGCUCAACGAUCAUCUACGGUGGGUGCCCUCCUCUCGGGCUUACCUUCGUCUGUUUGCUUCUUCCUUACAGGUUCUACGGGGCGGAGGUGCUGAUGGCGCUGGAGUACCUGCACAUGCUGGGCAUCCUCUACCGGGACCUGAAGCCGGAGAACGUCCUGAUCAGAGCCGACGGGCACAUCAUGAUCUCCGACUUCGACCUGUCCCUCGAGUCCACAGCCUCCCCCGCCGUCCACUUCUCCCCCGCUCCUCCCCCCGCGUCUCCCCGCACCUCCCCGUCCUCUGGUAUACUCGGUCGCCUCCUGCGUUUCCUGAAGCCCCCGCGGAUAACGAAAACGGAGGGGGGCAGUAGCUUCGCGCGGAGCCGGUCGACGAGGUCCUGUGCCUCGGCGGCGGGUCGGAUGUUCGUGGCGGAGCCGAUCGAGGCGCGGUCCAGUUCCUUCGUGGGAACCCACGAGUACGUGGCGCCGGAAGUGGCCUCCGGCCGCCGCCAUGGCGCCGCCGUUGACUGGUGGGCUUUCGGCGUCUUCCUCUAUGAGCUGGCCUGCGGUCGCACCCCGUUCGCUGGAGACACGAACGCUAUCACCCUCCGGAACAUCGUCCAGUCGCCGGUGGCCUUUCCCCGGCAUCCGUCGACCGACCCCCGGCUGAAGGACCUCAUCUCGAGGCUCCUCCGCAAGGACCCAGAGAGGCGGCUGGGGGCGGCGCUCGGCGCUGCAGAGGUGAAGGCCCACCCCUUCUUCGAGGGGCUCAACUUCGCCCUUCUCCGGUCGCAACGGCCGCCGGUCGUUCCGGGGUCGGCGAGGAAGAUAGCUCGCCGAGAGACGCCGCCGCGUUCCCUCGACGUGUGGUUCUAA